ACAACAACACUGGUUUAAUGGUUUGUGUGUGAGUGAGGAAGCAUCCCAUUACUCAUGAGCAGCACAAAAAGGUGUGACCACUCCUACUAAAUCACAUGCAUAGACUGGGAAAGGCCAGGAGGUGAACUCAGGGUGACUUGUGUUAUUCUUUUAAGUUUUUGUGUUUCUCAGGCUCAGGCUCAGAGUCUUACACCAGGGAAAACCCUCUUCUGAGCCCUUGCUGGUCUCACCAUGUGUCAAAUUUACCAUGGGACUGUCAGGAAUUUCAUACUUUGCUUCCAAAACAGUUAGAGAGCAGGAGGACCGGAGAGAUUGAGACUCUGUGUGUAUAUCUGUGCCUGACACAAACCUGGCCGUCCUACAGGACUCUCACUUUCAACCUGCUUUGUGCGUAAAGGACACCUCUGGGAUACAGAUGCACUUUUAGGAGACUUUUCAGCCAGGUUCUCAUUUAGUUGGAGCUGGUUGGCUGGUUGUGUAAGAUGUGGGGGGUUACAGCUGCAUGGUGUGGUGCUGUGAUCGGGGAAAUACCUAAGAGGAGAGGCCUGUAGAAACUGAGAUAAGAUUAUGUUCUUGAGGACGAUAGCAGCUACCUUUCAUUUGUGGUUUUGGAUGGUGCGUAUAGGCCCUGCCGAAGCUUCAGGCCAUGUGGAAGGAGCAUUAUGCUGGGGUGGACGACCCUGGGCUGCUGGAAACUUCAGCUGUGUGGAUCCUGAACCUUAUCUGUUACUUGGCCUUGGAAACAGCAUUCAGAGAAUGAACCUUGAUGGGGACCAGAGAAGGAUCGUGUCUAGGGUGGGAAGGUCCAUCUUGUUGGAUUUCCAUUUUAGUGAGGGGACGAUGUUUUGGGCUGACACGCAUGCAGGACAUAUCAGCAGGGCAGGACUGGAUGGAACACGCAGACAGAAGCUUCUCUCAUCAGUGAAAGGAAUCACGGGUCUUGCUGUGGACUGGAUUGAAAACACAGUUCUCUGGAGCAAUGCAGAAAGAGGAACGAUACAGAGAAUGGACACAGAUGGGAGAAACAAAAAGAUUGUCCUAAGAGACCUGUCUCAGCUAAGAAGUGUUGUUGUUGAUCCAAAUGAGAGAUAUAUUUUCUGGCUGUCAGAUGGGUUAACUCCCAGUCUCCAGCGUUCAGACAUGAAUGGUGGGAAGAGGGCAACAGUGCUGAAAGCUGCAAACAGACUGAAGGUUCUGGCUAUAGACCACCGGGACAGGAGACUCUUCUGGGUUCAGCAGGGCCAAGGAGUGCACACUGCUAUAGGAUCCUCCAACUAUGAUGGCAACAUUAUUAACGUCUUUAAUCAGCCCUUCAGAUCACAGUCUCUCAGGAUGACGAUUUUUCUCGAUUAUGUGUACCUAACGGAUUCAAAAAGAAUAACACGAGUAAAUAAGUACACAGGGGGCCGAGGAGAGAAUGUCAGUUCCAAAAGGAUGGCGCACCCCCCUGCUGAUGUCAAAGUGGUACAUCCCAUCAAUCAGCCAGUAGAGGAAAUUCCAACUCCAUUCACUCCAGGCUGUAAUGUACACACAGGAGAGUGUGUGAAAGUGUGUUCCAGUCACAGUGACACUGGUCUGUGCCAAUGCAGGGACGGUUUUUCCCUCAGUAAACAAGGCAACUACUGUGAAGAUAUCAAUGAAUGUGCCCUUUGGAAUCAUGGCUGUUCACUGGGAUGUGAGAACGUUCCGGGCUCAUACUUCUGCACCUGCCCUAAGGGUUACCUGUUACUGUCCGAUUUGAAGACCUGCCAAGAGCCUAAACCAUGUAUGGAGAAUGGCACAGUUUGUGAUCAUGCAUGUGUGCACACUGCAGAAGGAGAUGUGUGUGUGUGUCCAGAGGGAUCUGUACUAAAUUCUGAUGGCCGUUCGUGCACAGGCUGUUUGUCUGCAGAUCGAGGGGGCUGCAGUCAGAUGUGUGUGACUUUAUAUCCAGGCAGGUGGGUUUGUGAGUGCCAGCCUGGAUACCAGCUCCAGCCUGAUGGAAAACACUGUGCUGCCGCAGGACCUCCAGUGUACCUGUUGUUUGCCAAUACAGUGGAUAUAAGAAAGAUUAAUGCAGAUGGCAAAAAGAGCAAAACACUACUGCAGGAACCGAGAGGCGGUAUCAUAGCUUUGGACUAUGAUCCAGUGCAGAAGCAGGUGUAUUUUGCAGAUAAAAGCCUGAAGCGUAUUGAGAGGGCUUCACUGGAUGGAGGUUUCAGGGAGAUGCUGUUUUCCACUGGACUCGACUCACCCGAGGGUCUGGCUGUGGACUGGGUCCAUCGCAAACUCUACUGGACUGAUAGAGGAUUAUCCUCUAUUUCCCGCAGUGGUUUAAAUGGCAUGGACAGAGAAAUCUUUAUAGAUGAAGACAUCCAGAAACCCAGAGGCAUUGCCCUACAUCCUCAGGCACAGAAGGUAUAUUGGACAGACAUGGGCAGCCGUCCUGCAGUGGAGCGCUCAGGUCUGAACAAAGACGUGCGUGAAGUUGUGGUCAGCACCGGUCUGGUGUCUCCUAGUGGUCUAGCUGUGGAUCACGGCUCCCAGCGUCUGUACUGGUGUGACUUGAGCAGAGGUGUGAUUGAGUCGGCCAACCUGGACGGUUCUGAUCGCCGUAUGCUGUGCGAGAACCAAGUAGGUCGGCCUUUUGAUGUUGCAGUGUUUGAGAAUGUGCUCUGGGUCAGUGACUGGGAGGGUCACCUGCUCUACCGGAUAGACAUGAGAACUGGACGAAACCCUGAGCAUCUCCGUGACAUCUCUAUCAAACCAGCUGCUCUAGUUGUUGUUCAUCCUUUUGUCAAACCAGGAGCAAAUGUUUGUCUUCAUGAAAAUGGAGGAUGUGCCCAAAUGUGUGAGAGCAGACUGGGAUUGGCUCAAGCUGAUGGAAAAGACUGUCUGCCAAUUAAUUCAUCAUUCACUGAACCAGAUGAUGGUGAAUCAAGUGAUCGUUUGAGAAAUAAAACACUGAAUGAUGAGAGCACACCACUGGCCAUGCUUUACACAGAGAGGAUGGUUUCAGACCAGAAUGACUGCUACUCUCUCAGAUGUGAUGUGAACGCUCAGUGUAUGCAGAAGGAAGGCCGAGCCAUGUGUCAGUGUGUGACAGGUUUUGCUGGAGAUGGGGAGCUGUGUGUGGACGUUGAUGAAUGCAAAGCAGGCCUGGCAGAUUGUAGUGUGUCUGAGGCUGAGUGUGUGAACACAGCAGGUGGAUAUUUCUGCCAAUGCAAGACUGGAUUCACUGGAGAUGGUCAACACUGUAUGGAUAUAGAUGAGUGUCGAUUAGAUAUGCAUGGCUGCGAUGUAAACGCUGAGUGUUUGAAUGCAGUAGGAAAAUAUCAGUGCAUAUGUCGACCUGGGUUCACAGGCACAGGAUUAAGCUGUCAUGAGGAGUUAAAGAGCGCCUCCUCUUGGCCGAGUACAGGAAGUCCACUUGAUGUCACAUCGCCAUGGCAACACAAUGAUGCUGUGCAGAGCUGCCCCUCUACACACGACUCAUACUGUCUGUAUGACGGAGUGUGCUUCUAUUUCCCUGAGAUGGAGUCUUAUGCCUGCAACUGUGUGUUAGGUUACAUGGGGGAGCGCUGUCAGUUCAGUGAUCUUGAAUGGUGGGAGUUGCAGCAGGCUGAAGAGGAGAAGAGGAGGAAUAUGGCUAUAGCAAUGUGUAUUGUGCUUCUCAUCACUCUUCUCUCCAUCGCUGCCUGCAUCACCUACUGCUGCGGGUCUAAAAGACAUUUUGGAACAUGUCCCUCAGAGGAUGAUGUGGGUGACAUAAGCAUGAGUGAGGACAGUAUGACCGAGACAACAACAGCCGCUCCACAGGUCUAUGUGAUUUUGGAUGCUUCUCCCUGUGGUGAUGAAAAGGUCCUUCAUGUUAUAGGGUGUCCCAGAACAACAACAGUAUGCCCUUCCUGCUCUUCAAACGCCAGAGACAGUUUUGCUUUAGAAGAGGCUGGAAAGCUACACAGAGACAACUGUGGUCAGGAUGUUGCCAGCUACUGUGUAUCCUGCAAUAUGAAGACCUCUGAUAAUCUCAUCACUUUAGAAGACCCAGGCAACACCCCACUGAUUCAUCAGACGAUAGUCUUCAUUGGAGACUGACCCAUGAACUGAUCAUGUGAAUAUGUUCGAUUUUAAAGUCAUUGCCCUUUAGUGUUACAGUACAGCCAACUGGCAAAGUACAUUAAAAAAAAAAGUUGUUUGAACAAGAUUUCACAUUCAAGUUGCACCAGUUUUUUGUCAACAGAUUUCAUACAAAAGUAGGUUUCUACCUAGUCACUAUUUGUUGAAGUAAGGAGAUUUGCACAUCCCUCAAAAGGUUUUAUGCAAUACAUAAGAGCUAUAGAAUGUGUUGAGAUCAUUAAUGAAGGUCAUCUAAAGCGAGUCUUGUUUUUCUGCUUUUAACAUUGCUGUUUAUUGUCACUUAUGAGCCAUUAGACAUAGAAUCCAGUUGCAUAGCUCUGUAAAUAGUAAAGAUACUUCUUUUUCCUGAGUAGGAUCUUAUAUUGAACUUUGUAUUAUAGUUAUGAGAAAACAUUCAUUGUUUUAAUAAUGAAGCACAGUUGGUUUGAGGUAGUGAAGAGACAGUGGAAAGACACAUCCUGCUUUGUGAGCAGAAAAUAACAUGUACUUGGCCUAUUUUGCUUCAGGUGGUAUAAGAGUAACAUUUCAGUGGCAUAUCUGAACCUGCUAACAUCAACAUUGGUCUCACAAAGAGAUUACUAUAUAAAACACAUCCUACUUGCAACUAUUAAAAAAACCUCAGGUACCAAAACAUUAUUAAAUGGAUUACAUUUGGUAUAAAAAAGAUAUAAACCAAGAUCGAAAUACAAUAUUUAAAUGAAUUAAGGUUUCAGAUUAGUGAAUGAAUCAUGCUUUAAUUUUUCAAGAACAGGAAAAUUCAGUAGGUCAGAUUCCUCUCUGCCACUCCUCAGUGAAAUGUCUCACAGAUAUUCUAAGACGUAAUGGGAAAAUAAAAGCAGCGAGCUAUAUCUUUAUAUUCAUCUAACUAACAGCCAAUGUAUAUGCUGGGAUUACAAGGUUUUAACCUACAUCUGCUAUUUUGAACCAAAAGCCCAGAACAAGCACGCUGAAGGACAAUGUAAUAAAUUUGCCUUUUGUUCUCUCUUAAUUUUUUCAGCUUCUUUUUGUGAUGUUGUAUAUGCAUAUUUAUAACCUAACUGUAAAAUAUAGACAUCUCAAAAUAAAACAAGAUAAUCUGAAG